AUGUUUACGGCUACUUUACGUACGAGUCUGCGUAUGCAGCGCCUUGCAUCCGUAAAGCUCGUGCAAUCAUCGCCUAUCUUUGCACCUUCCUUUACCCUACGCACCUUUGCCAAUGCCAGCGCCGCGUCGCUCGGUAUUGAAAAGUUUGGUGUCACAAAUGCCAAGACUCAGGUGCAUCGUAACCUCAGCUACGAUGAGAUUGCUGCUCAUGAGAAGAAGAAUGGUGAGGGUGAAUUUGUCAAGAAUGGUACGUACACCAUUGACACGGGCAAGUUUACGGGUCGUUCGCCCAAAGACAAGUACAUUGUCGACCAGGCGCCAUCAAAUAAGAACAUUUGGUGGGGUGACAUUAAUCGACCCGUGAGUGCCGAAGUAUUUGAUGAGCUGUACAAGACUGUGACUAAACAUUACAGCUCAGCCGAGAAGGUUUACGUCUUUGACGGCUAUGCUGGCGCCAAUCCGGCGUCACGCAAGAAAGUGCGCUUUAUUACAGAACUUGCAUGGCAGCAUCACUUUGUGACCAACAUGUUCCUUCGUCCGCAGAGUAAGGAGGAGAUUGCUGACUUUAAGCCAGACUUUACUAUUGUAAAUGCUUGCAAAGUUACGAACGAGGACUAUAAGAAACACGGUCUUAACUCCGAGGUGUUUGUUGCUUUUAACAUUGAGAAGGACGUUGCUGUCAUUGGAGGCACGUGGUACGGUGGAGAGAUGAAGAAGGGUAUCUUCUCCAUGAUGAACUACUGGUUGCCAUUAGAUGGCGUUAUGGCCAUGCACUGCUCAGCCAACAAGGACAAAAAUGGGGACACGGCUCUCUUCUUUGGCCUGUCAGGCACGGGCAAGACCACGUUGUCGGCUGAUCCGCACCGUAACCUCAUUGGUGAUGACGAGCAUGGAUGGGAUGACGAUGGCAUCUUUAAUUUUGAAGGCGGAUGCUACGCCAAGACCAUCAAUUUGAGCCGCGAGAACGAGCCGGAUAUUUACAACGCCAUUAAGCGCAAUGCUUUGCUGGAGAACGUCUUCGUGGACGCGGAGACCAAGGAACCAGACUUCUACAACACGUCCAAGACAGAAAAUGGCCGUGUGUCAUACCCCAUCUAUCACAUCCCGAACCACGAGCCGUCCUCGACCGGCGGUCACCCGUCCAACAUUGUAUUCCUGACGUGCGACGCCUACGGUGUGCUGCCGCCCGUGUCCAAGCUGAGCGACGGUCAGGCAAUGUACCACUUCCUGUCGGGAUACACAGCCAAAGUUGCCGGCACGGAGCGUGGUGUGACAGAGCCCACGGCUACCUUUAGUGCAUGCUUUGGCGCAGCUUUCCUGCCCCUGCACCCGACAAAGUACGCUGAUCUGUUGCAGCAGAAGCUGAAGAAGCACAACACCUCUGUCUACCUUGUUAACACUGGCUGGACGAGCGGCGGCUACGGCGUCGGCAGGCGAAUGAGCAUCAAGAACACACGUGCGUGCAUUGACGCCAUCCUGGACGGCUCAAUUAAAACCUCCGAGUUUUCGGUGGACCCUAACUUCGGCUUCCAGGUGCCCAAGAAGCUGGCUGAUAUUCCCGAAAACGUGCUGAACCCGCGUGAGGCUUGGAGUGACAAGGCGGCCUACGACGUUACGGCCAAGAAACUGGCUAGUAUGUUUAAGGACAACUUUAAGAAGUACGUGUCGGCAGACGUCACGGAUUACUCUAAGUUUGGCCCUCAGGUGUAA